UAUUUGUACUGCUUUGGUGAUCUCGUUGUUAGAUUUUUCUAUCUUUUUUCUUUCAUUUUCCUCUCCUUGUUUGGAUUCAGAGAAAGAGUUUGGAAAAUGGCAGCGAUUUACAGUCUAUACAUUAUAAACAAAUCAGGUGGUUUGAUCUUCUACAAGGAUUAUGGAUCUGCUGGACGUAUGGAUACAAAUGAUAGCUUACGUGUGGCUAGUUUAUGGCAUUCAAUGCAUGCAAUAUCUCAGCAAUUAUCACCGACUGUUGGUUGUUCGGGCAUUGAACUCCUUGAAGCUGAUAAAUUUGAUCUCCAUUGUUUCCAAUCCCUUACUGGGACAAAGUUCUUUGUAGUAUGUGAACCUGGAACACCGAACAUGGAGGGUCUCUUGAAAGUUAUAUAUGAAUUAUACACAGAUUAUGUCUUAAAGAACCCAUUUUAUGAAAUGGAGAUGCCCAUACGAUGUGAGCUCUUUGACAUCAACUUAACACAAGUAAUACAAAAGGAUCGCGUUGCUUUGUUUGGGCGAUGAGUCACCUGAGGAUUUUUUGUUCAGCAAUUGUUUUUUCUCAUUCUCAUUUUUGCAUUUUCCAUGGGAUCUUGUAGUUUAUGUAACCUUCUUUUGUUAUAUUUACUGUUAAACCAAUGCAAUGGAUGAGGGGUGUGUCUGUAGUUAUACUUCAUAUUUUUAGUUGAAGAAUUGAAUUGAUAGAACAUGUUUGAAGGAUAGAGUUGAAUCUUAUGCAAUUUGGUUGAUUUGUGUAGGAUA